GAAGUUUGACAGCGAAUCCAUUCCACGUCACGAACCGAGAAAGCGGCUGCCUGCUACGACUGCUGUUUAGUUGCACUGAAAUACUCGAGAAAGAAAUCACCAAAUUCAAAAAUGUUCAAGCACCUGCUGACUUUGUUCGCCUUGUGCGCGGUGUUUAGCACCUGCCUGUCGGAGGACGAGACCCGUGCCCGUCUCCUCGUCUCCAAGCAGAUCCUGAACAAGUACCUGGUGGAGAAGAGCGACCUGUUGGUGCGCUACACCAUCUUCAACGUGGGCAGCGGUGCCGCCACCAAGGUGCGAUUGGUAGACUCUGGCUUCCACCCGGAGGCCUUCGAUGUGGUUGGAGGACAGCCUACCGCCGUGGUUGACAGGAUCGCUCCCCAAACCAACUUCACCCAUGUCCUGGUGGUGAGGCCCAAGGCCUUCGGCUACUUCAACUUCACCGCCGCCGAGGUGUCCUACAAGGCUGUCGAGGAGUCGGAGACGCUCCAACUGGCGGUCAGCUCUGAGCCCGGUGAGGGUGGAAUUGUCAACCUGAACGAGUACAACAAGCGCUUCUCCUCCCACUUCUUCGACUGGGUGGCCUUCGCCGUGAUGACUCUGCCCUCCCUGGCCAUUCCUCUGGGUCUGUGGCACCAGUCCAAGAGCAAAUACGAGCGCUCUGGAAAGAACAAGAAGCACUAAGCUGCGGGACGGACGGUUUCCUCGCCACCACCAAGAGAUUUCUUUGCAAAGACCCAUUACAAAUUCCGUAUAUUUUGUUGCUUUAGUUUCAAAUUGAUUCCAUGCGUUGUUCAUCUAUUCAACCCACACAUCUAAUUUACUCCAGUCUGGGACUGUCGUCUGGAGACGGGCGUUAAAUCGUUUUAGAUUUGAUUCGAGGGCGCAUUGAGUAAAAAGUGAAUAAAACAAGUCCAUCAAUGUUAACCUAGGCUGCUUUUCUAAAUAAAUUAAAUAAAAU